UACGAGAGAAGAGUGAGAGUACGACUCUUUCGUCGAUUUGUCUCUUCCACUGUCUGCGCAUGUUGUUCCGUACAAGCGUUCUACUUGCACGCAAGUUCACCCAUCGUUUGUUCGAUAGCCUGACCGGCAACGAUCACUGUAGCAACCGGAAACGCUUUAUUAUGCACCAACGCCAACCAAAUAUUAACGCUAGGUAGAGAUAUAAAGCCGCAAAGUUUUUUCAAAUCUUUUAAAAUCAUGAAUCCUGAAGAAACCCCUUUAUCAAUGGGCGUCCAAGCGGAUCAAUUCAAUGAGUCAAUCGUUGACCAAUCGGGAGUCCUGGAGAAGGACCACCCACUGCUGGAACGAUUCCAGCAGGCGCUAAAGGCUCAUUUACUGCGAGUGAAGAAUCAAUUGGAAGGAGAAAUCGCUGACUUGGAUCAUCACCUGCAGCAAAAUGAAAAAGAAUCUGAAGAGGUCGGAGCGCGGUUGUACGAUCUCCAGGAAGAAAUCGAUAGCCAAAAAGAGUUGUUGGUUAUCUACGGGAAGGAGAUUGUAGAGGUUUCUACCAGAAGACUGGCAGAAGAGCAGAAAGUUGCCGGAUACAAGAAGGAGUACGAUGAACAAAGCCACAAAUUGAAAGAGUUCAAGAAAACCUACAACGAACAUUUGCAAGAACUGGAUAACUUGGCGGUACUUGAAAACGAAUUCUCCAAGUGGGACAAGGAAAUCAAGGAGGAGAUCGCCGUAGCGAAGCGGGUUGCUAGCAAAGAUGCGAAAGAUAAGUUGGUUGCUGCCGAGGAGAAGCGUAAAAUGGAUUUGCUGGUGUUUAAUCUGGAUCUGGAGGUCCGCAAAAAGGAGCGUGAGUUGCAAGGAAUCGAGGAUCAAAUGAAGGAACAGGAAAGCGCAACCGAGAUGAUCAAUCGCAGCUUGGCGGAUGCGAAUUCCGACUUGGAAGCCCUGCAGCACGAACAUAAACGUUUGUUUCAAUCCUGGGGUGAAGUGAUCGUUGCGAUACAGCAGCGCGACAAUGUUUUAUCCAAAACCAAAGAUGAUUUGGAAAACGUCUAUGAGGAGCACAAAGUAAUCAAAAGUAAAACUGAUAUUACUAGAAAGGCGGCAGCGAAGGAAAUGGAGCAGAAUGAACAGCUGUCGGGCUUCAAAUUCCGCAUACAAGGCGACAUUAAUAUCCUCGAAAAGCAAGUACACAAGGAACAAGAAGAAAGUGAUAAACUGACCCGAGAUUUGGAUCAUUAUGCAAUGAUUUUGGAGCAAACCGAAGCGGAUAUGCUGAAGGCCCAACAGGAGGGUCUGUUGAUAGAGAAUCAUCUAAAGUCACUGCGGCAGACGUUGAACAAACAGAACCAGAAGAAGUUUGACCUGGAAGAGCAAAUAUUGGAACUACUGCAGGAUCAAAUCACAACGGAUAAAGCUGGCGAAAAUCAAGGUAAAAUACUGCGAGAAGCGCAGCAAAAACGCCGGGAGCUGGAAAUCUCCAUGUCGGAUACGGAGAAUCAAUUGUCAGUUGUUUUGCUGAGCUUGGAAAAAUGGCGUGGUUUAGUGGAGAAAUCGAGGAGCGAAGUUCAAAGCAUUAAGAAAGAGCACGAUUCGAUGGAUACUGAAGCUAGGAAGUAUGACGAACAGAUUAAGAUAAUAAAGGAGAUCAUUUCGGCGAAAUUGCGUAAGUUGGACGUUCUUAACAGAGAGCUUGAGCAGUUGAUCAAACAAGCCGGAGGCCAAGAAUUGAAUCCGGAUGAACUGAAAUUAUUGGAUGUGAAACAUUACAUAGCGGAGCUCGAUGCGAAGAUAAAAGAUUCCCAGGAAGCGUGGUUAAAGCUACAAAACAGCAUUGUUAGUUUGUCGGAGAAGCGAGUCCAGCAAUUGAAUGAGAUAAACUAUUCAAGAAAAAAGUUGCUUCUGGUGGAACAAAAAGCUAUUAAAAUUGAGGAUCAGCUGGAGCAAGUAGUGAAUGAAAAUCGUGAAAUAAUUCGGUCGCUGUCGUCGCUAAAUUCUCGCUUGGAUGCCGUUAGUAUGGAGCUUUGGAAUAGCAAAAAGGUUCACGAAAAGGAGGAAAUGGAGUGUGAAAUUUCCCAUCAAUAUACGACCGAGCGCUUGAAAGAAGCAGAGCUGUCAGUGUUAAAUCUGGAGCAGGAUUUGACCGAUCUGGGGAGAGAGAUCGACGACUGCAAGCAGGAAGUGCUGGCGAAGCAUCGGGAAGCACUAUCUUGGGAGACCAAAUACAAGAUGUCUGCUGAAGCGAAGAAGUUUAAAGAUGAGGAAUCGGCACAAAACAGUGAGAUUGGUAUUAUGAAAGCCGAAAUCCACCGAAUGCAGGUUCGCUAUAGGCAGCUUAAGCGCAUGCAGGAAAAACUGGUGUCCGAUUUGGAAAACACGGUCCACCAUCGAGAGCACAUCUUUGAUACCGUGAAUGCACGGGAAAAAGUUUAUGGAAGUAAAUUCAAGACAAAGUCUACGAUGCAGCAUAAAAUAAAUGAGUUGAAAAAUAAACUAAAAGUUGUCUUCGGGGAGAUUUCUGCUGCAGAAAAAAAUUUAAUUGAAAUUGAUACAGCACAAAAGCUGCUGCAGGCCGAAAUCGAAAAUAAAAAGUUGCAGAUAGAGGAGGAGAAAAUUCAAACCAGCUUGAUAAAGGCAGAAGUGGAGCAGGCAGCUUUACUAAAGCAGGAAAAUUUGGACUACAUUGUACGUCAUCAGUAUCGGGCCCGACGUUAUCGAUCAUUUGCGAAUGCCAAACAAAUUCCCAAGUUUCGUAACGAAAUUCUCAUUCAGGCAGAUCUUCAACGUCAACGCGAAAUCAAUGAAAGUAUUGCGGGAAUUGUUGAGAAACUCAUUCAUGAUUUUCCAGCGCAAAAGUUUCAUCUCACAAAAAUAUUGCAAUCCCUUAAGUAAGGCUGAUGAGGAUUUCGGAUUUUUUCAUACAAUUUUAUAAAACACAUUAGAUACAAAACAAUUAAAUAAAACUUAGA